AUGGCUUCUACCUAUGCGCUGCCAGGCUCUGCAAUGGCUCAUGGACACGGCCAUCAUGGCAAUGGCCAUAUUCAUUCGCAUUCGCAUUCCCAAUCGCCGUCGCACUCCCACUCCCACUCACCAAGUGGGCAGUAUCCAGCAAACACGACGAAAGGGCUACGGCAGGAAGGAUCUAAUGGAAGCCUCCAUUCACAUUCGCAUUCCGAGCCGGGUAUCGAUCAUGGCCAUGGCCACAACCACUCCCAUGGUUCUUCCCAUGGGCAUAGGCAUGAGCGGUCGAUUGCCCCACAGAGCAAUGGUUUGCCACCUACCGCAGAAUGGUCCGAAAAGCAAAUCCAGCAAAUGAACCCUUAUGAGCCGCCCUUAGUUGAUGCUAGCCAUGCCCACGGGCAUGCCCACACGCAUACCUCGUCCCCGGAGCCGCGGUCGAGGUUCACAGGACUCCUGCUCCCAAUGGUGCAGCGGUGGCCUCUUCUACACACGAUACUAGCAGCGAAGGAUUCCAGAAGGAUUUUCUACUUUAUGAGUCUCAACUUCGCAUUCAUGCUUGUGCAAGCAUUUUACGGAUACAUAACAGAUUCGCUUGGGCUGCUCAGCGACAGCAUACAUAUGUUCUUCGAUUGCCUGGCAUUAGGAGUGGGAUUAUUCGCAGCGGUAGCAAGCAAAUGGCCUCCGAGUGAACGAUUCCCCUAUGGCUUCGGAAAGAUCGAGAGCCUGUCUGGGUUUGGGAAUGGGGUAUUUCUGAUGUUGAUAAGCGUCGAGAUUAUGAUCGAGGCAACAGAGCGACUUGCGGAUGGUCGAGAGACGAAGCGACUCUUGGAGCUCUUUAUUGUUAGCGGGCUUGGAUUGGCAGUGAACUUGGUAGGGAUGGCUUGUUUUGGCCAUCACGGACAUGCAGGGCACGACCACGGAGGUCAUAGCCACGGACAUUCCCAUUCCCACUCGCACUCACACUCACACGAUAAAACGCAUACUCAUAACGAUUUCCACGAACACGAUCAUGAUCAUAGCCACGGUCAUAGCCAUGAUCAUGACCAUGCCCACUCGGAUCACUCCCACGUUGGCCACGGCCAUUCUCAUGACAACGAGAACAUGCAUGGGAUCUUCCUCCACGUUCUCGCUGACACUAUGGGCAGCGCAGCAGUCAUGGUUUCCACAGCCUUAAUCUACUUCGUAGGUUGGAGCGGCUGGGAUCCUCUCGCUUCCUGCAUCAUCGCCAUAUUAAUUUUCAUGUCCUCCAUCCCACUCAUCAAAUCCAGCGCGAAGAAGCUCCUUCUCACAGUCCCUGACGACGUCGAGUACAACCUCCGGGCAACACUCUCGGGCGUCAGCGAUCUCCGCGGUGUAGCCAGUUAUUCUGUGCCCAGAUUCUGGUUGGGCGACAACGAGGCUGAGAACGUGUUAGGCGUAAUCCACAUACAUGCAACUCGUGGCUCAGACCUCGAAGAUGUGAGGGAACGCACCAGAAACUUUCUGCUGGGAAAGGGCGUAGAUGUGGUGGUACAGGUUGAGAAAGAUGGUGAUCUGAAUUGUUGGUGCGGGACGGGCGGCAUAAAACGCGGCAGUCCACGCCCUUAG